AUGGGGACAAAGGGUGUAGGACAGGUAAAUCUUCAUGGGUGGUUAGGCAGGCUUACGUGAGGGUAGGUGGGUAGGAGGGUAAGCAGGCCUAGGUGAGGGUAGGUGGGUAGGAGGGUAAGCAGGCCUAGGUGAGGGUAGGUGGGUAGGAGGGUAAGCUGGCCUACAGGAAGUGAAAGCUAGUGUGGCUUUAUUCGGUAGACGUUUUUUAAUUUCUUCUUCUUAUGUUCUGUUCUCAUGGGGGAAUUUAUCAGGUUAGGGUUUCACUUCACUUUUUGAUCAUGCAGAUUAUUUCUGAUUUUAAGUCUACACCGUCAGCAAUAGAUGUUCGCCUAAACAUGUAUAAUGUUGCUGUUCCAUUGUCUAUUCCAAGAGGAUUGCGAUGAUUCAGAUCCAGAGUCUUUUAGCUGGCGAAUACCCAACACGUUCCCUAAAUCAAUGCAGUCAGUGUGUCACAUCCCGUAUAGGUCCCCCUGUACAUGCUCUGUGCUUAACAAGCAGAACUCACUUCCCCAUAGGCCUAAUUGGCUAGUAUCAUUACAAUAACUUGGUUGUAGUAAACAUGCACAAGCUUGUUACCUUUUUGCUUUAGUGUCCUAGUUUGGUGUGGAGAUUGAAGGGUUGCUUGUUGCUGCUCUGUUGUGACAGACAAUAGCUAGGCCUAUUUAUAACUAGCUUGUUCCUUGUUGACUUGGUUUUGGAAUGCCCUGUGUGAUAUGAAAUUGUAUGAUUACUCAUAGCGAGUGUCAGUCGUAUGAUUUCUCAUAGUUUGCAGAACUACAGGCUAGGUAUCAGUUCCUGCAAUACAUUUGCUCUUGUGUUCCUCUUUUUUAGUUUUGGGGUCAUUUGUAGAGCGUUUAGUUUGCAAUGCUGACAGCACAAAAUCGACAAUCAGUAUUAGACUAGUUCUUUGACACACCUUACUUCAAUUGGAGUGCUGCUUAAGCAUUUGGCUGCACCCGCUUUAACAUCCUGCUAAACUGUGUAUGCGACUAAUAAACUUUGAUUUGCCCCCUCUCGUCAUCAACGGCUAUCAAAUGGGCUAACUGUCUCAGUCAGGGGUUUUCUGAGUCAGUAGUCUUUUGUGCUGCUUUGUGCCGUAAUGUGAUGUUUGAUUCACUCCCCGUCUCCCACAGCUGUUAGUGGCGUAGGCUACAUGCAGCUCUUAGUGGCGUAGGCUACAAGCAGCUCUUAGUGGCAUAGGCUACAAGCAGCUGUUAGUGGCGUAGGCUACAAGCAGCUCUUAGUGGCGUAGGCUACAAGCAGCUCUUAGUGGCGUAGGCUACAAGCAGCUCUUAGUGGCGUAGGCUACAAGCAGCUCUUAGUGGCGUAUGCUACAAGCAGCUCUUAGUGGCGUAGGCUACAAGCAGCUGUUAGUGGCGUAGGCUACAAGCAGCUCUUAGUGGCGUAGGCUACAAGCAGCUCUUAGUGGCGUAGGCUACAAGCAGCUCUUAGUGGCGUAGGCUACAAGCAGCUCUUAGUGGCGUAGGCUACAAGCAGCUCUUAGUGGCGUAGGCUACAAGCAGCUGUUAGUGGCGUAGGCUACAAGCAGCUCUUAGUGGCGUAGGCUACAAGCAGCUCUUAGUGGCGUAGGCUACAAGCAGCUCUUAGUGGCGUAGGCUACAAGCAGCUCUUAGUGGCGUAGGCUACAAGCAGCUCUUAGUGGCGUAGGCUACAAGCAGCUCUUAGUGGCGUAGGCUACAAGCAGCUCUUAGUGGCGUAGGCUACAAGCAGCUCUUAGUGGCGUAGGCUACAAGCAGCUCUUAGUGGCGUAGGCUUCAAGCAGCUCUUAGUGGCGUAGGCUUCAAGCAGCUCUUAGUGGCGUAGGCUACAAGCAGCUCUUAGUGGCGUAGGCUACAAGCAGCUCUUAGUGGCGUAGGCUACAAGCAGCUCUUAGUGGCGUAGGCUACAAGCAGCUGUUAGUGGCGUAGGCUACAAGCAGCUCUUAGUGGCGUAGGCUUCAAGCAGCCCUUAGUGGCGUAGGCUACAAGCAGCUCUUAGUGGCGUAGGCUACAAGCAGCUCUUAGUGGCGUAGGCUACAAGCAGCUCUUAGUGGCGUAGGCUACAAGCAGCUGUUAGUGGCGUAGGCUACAAGCAGCUCUUAGUGGCGUAGGCUACAAGCAGCUCUUAGUGGCGUAGGCUACAAGCAGCUCUGGCAUUCUAUUACUCUUCAUCAUCAAACCCAAACGUAAGAUUGAUCACUCGUCACUCGUGUGAGUCGUGAAUGGUCCUUAACUUGGCCGGCUGUUUUCACCGGCCCAUUCAAAGCCAAGCUGGCCAAUAAUUCCAAUCCUUAUGACACUGUUUACUGUAGGCUAAAGUAGCAGCACAGACUCCCGAAAAUGUAGCCUGUUUUUGUAAUGUUUAUCCCCCCCUUGUGAUGUUUUCAAAGUAGGUGGUAAAAACGUGAAUAGCUAUCUAUGCUGACUCACUGGCACUGUAACAUGUAGCAGAAAGGCUUUGCUCGCUGGAGUCAGUUAGACAAUGCUGAAAUGUCCUUGUGAUGGCUAGGUCCAGCACCUCAUUUUGGGCAACAACUAGUUUUUUUUUGUCUGCCUAGUCAUGUGACCUGACCACUGAGGAGAAAAUUAGGAGGGGGGGGCUCUACCUCUACUGUAGGAAGAUGGGAGUGAAUGAUUGACUCACUGCAGUGUGAAGGUAUUAUCGAUUUAAUACGAACAUGAGCGAUUGUUUCACAUUGGGCUGCCUACCACGGCCACAGAGUUCUGGGUUGGGCAGAACCACAGAAGGUUUUGGGGCAGAACCACAGAAGGUUUUGGGGCAGAACCACAGAGGCUUUGGGGCAGAACCACUGAAGGUUUUGGGGCAGAACCACAGAAGGUUUUGGGGCAGAACCACAGAAGGUUUUGGGGCAGAACCACAGAAGGUUUUGGGGCAGAACCACAGAAGGCUUUGGGGCAGAACCACAGAAGGUUUUGACAGCUACUACCUCUCCCCUUCUCGGGAACGUUUCGUGGUUACAAAAACACAGGCCCCGCUCUGUCUGUCAUCUCUCUUCAGGCUGUUAAUUACAAUGACCCACUCCUACGGGUCCAGGCUAACUGGGCGACGUCACCGGGGUUUCUGCUCCGUAAUUGUUUUCUUUUGUCACAUGAGUAGCUAUCUAAUCACACUGGUGGUUUAUUUGGCAACGGCUGUGCAUCCAUCAGCUUCUUCGGCACUCCUUCCCUCAGUCAAUGCAACAUUUGUGCUUACAUCCAUGAAUCUGAACCGUUAUAUUUUUGUGUCUUCCCUAGGUUUUCUUUUCAAGGCCAACUGUGUGUACACACAUACAUGUAUAUGUGUAUAUAUAUAUAUAUAUAUAUAAUAUACUUUUUGUAUGUAUGUGGACACCCAUUCAAAUUAGUGGAUUCCGCUAUUUCAGCCACACCCGUUGCUGACAGGUGUAUAAAAUCGAGCACACUGCCAUGCAAUCUCCAUAGACAAACAUUGGCAGUAGAAUGGCCUUACUGAAGAGCUCAGUAACUUUCAACGUGGCACCGUCAUAGUCGGCUCGUCAAAUUUCUGCCCUGCUAGAGCUGCCCCAGUCAACUGUAAGUGCUGUUAUUGGGAAGUGGAAAUGUCUAGGAGCAACAACGGCUCAGCCGCGAAGUGGUAGGCCACACAAGCUCACAGAACAGGACCGCCGAGUGCUGAAGCGUGUAGUGCAUAAAAAUCGUCUGUCCUCAGUUGCAACACUCACUACCGAGUUCCAAACUGCCUCUGGAAGCAACGUCAGCACAAUAACUGUUUGUCGGGAGCUUCAUGAAAUGGGUUUCCAUGGCUGAGCAGCCGCACACAAGCCUAAGAUCACCAUGCGCAAUGCUAAGCAUUUGCUGGAGUUGUGUAAAGCUCGCCGCCAUUGGACUCUGGAAUAGUGGAAACGGGGACGAAUCUGGGUUUUGCGGAUGCCAGGAGAACGCUACCUGCCCCAAUAGUGCCAACUGUAAAGUUUGGUGGAGGAGGAAUAAUGGUCUGGGGUGGUUUUUCAUGGUUCAGGGUGUGUGUGUGUGAGAGCAAUCCAUCCAUGACAGACUAUGAUCCCUUAUUGAUGUCACUUGUUAAAUCCACUUCAAUCAGGGUAGAUGAAGGGGAGGAGACCGGUUAAAUAAGGACUUUUAAGCCUUGAGACAUGGAUUGUGUAUGUGUGCCAUUCAGAGGGUGAAUGGGAAAGACAAAUGAUUUAAGUGCCUUUGAACGGGGUAUGGUAGUAGGUGCCAGGCGCACCGGUUUGAGUUUGUCAAGAACUCCAAAGCUGCUGGCUUUUUCACGUGCAACAGUUUCCAGUGUGUAUCAAGAAUGGUCCACCACCCAAAGGACAUCCAGCCAACUUGACACAACUGUGGAAAGCAUUGGAGUCAACAUGGGGCCAGCAUCCCUGUGGAGCGCUUUUGACACCUUGUAGAGUCCAUGCCCCGACGAAUUGAGGCUGUCCUGAAGAUAGUUGGUGUUGGGUGCUUUCCACUGUGGUUUCUUGGUAGGAUCUGUUUCCAUAAAACACAAAGUUCACUAUGUUUCGGUUAGAUCAGAUGAGGAAGCAGGUCUAGUUGGUCUUGGUAUUCCCCUUACGAGUCACAUGACCCUUCUUUCAUUUCCUGUUCUCUGGUUUAUUUUUAAGAGAAUUGUAUUACGUCUGUACUUUCGCCUGCUUGAAAAGGAACUGGUGCUAGGUUACAUACCGUGGGCCAAUGUCUUCACUCCAACGGCUAGGCCUGAAUAGAUCCUUCAAACAAAUAGGUUGACUUAUAAACCAAUGACUGUUUUAACAUGCACUAUGUUUAUCCAAGAAUGUGUGGGGGCAGUGUCACUUCUGUAACACUUUUUCUGCUACACCAACCAACCGUUUGGGAUAGUUGGGUAGGCAGGGAAAUCAUAGCCGUCGCUACCCCUCUGUUGGGUACUGAACAGUGUGGCUAACGAUAGUUUCUAAUGGUAGUGUCUCCUCUCUCCUAGCCGUCGCUACCCCUCUGUUGGGUACUGAACAGUGUGGCUAACGAUAGUUUCUAAUGGUAGUGUCUCCUCUCUCUCCUAGCCGUCGCUACCCCUCUGUUGGGUACUGAACAGUGUGGCUAACGAUAGUUUCUAAUGGUAGUGUCUCCUCUCUCCUAGCCGUCGCUACCCCUCUGUUGGGUACUGAACAGUGUGGCUAACGAUAGUUUCUAAUGGUAGUGUCUCCUCUCUCCUAGCCGUCGCUACCCCGCUGUUGGGUACUGAACAGUGUGGCUAACGAUAGUUUCUAAUGGUAGUGUCUCCUCUCUCCUAGCCGUCGCUACCCCUCUGUUGGGUACUGAACAGUGUGGCUAACGAUAGUUUCUAAUGGUAGUGUCUCCUCUCUCCUAGCCGUCGCUACCCCGCUGUUGGGUACAGAACAGUGUGGCUAACGAUAGUUUCUAAUGGUAGUGUCUCCUCUCUCCUAGCCGUCGCCACCCCGCUGUUGGGUACUGAACAGUGUGGCUAACGAUAGUUUCUAAUGGUAGUGUCUCCUCUCUCCUAGCCGUCGCUACCCCUCUGUUGGUUACUGAACAGUGUGGCUAACGAUAGUUUCUAAUGGUAGUGUCUCCUCUCUCCUAGCCGUCGCUACCCCCGCUGUUGGGUACUGAACAGUGUGGCUAACGAUAGUUUCUAAUGGUAGUGUCUCCUCUCUCCUAGCCGUCGCUACCCCGCUGUUGGGUACAGAACAGUGUGGCUAACGAUAGUUUCUAAUGGUAGUGUCUCCUCUCUCCUAGCCGUCGCUACCCCUCUGUUGGGUACAGAACAGUGUGGCUAACGAUAGUUUCUAAUGGUAGUGUCUCCUCUCUCCUAGCCGUCGCUACCCCGCUGUUGGGUACUGAAACAGUGUGGCUAACGAUAGUUUCUAAUGGUAGUGUCUCCUCUCUCCUAGCCGUCGCUACCCCGCUGUUGGGUACUGAACAGUGUGGCUAACGAUAGUUUCUAAUGGUAGUGUCUCCUCUCUCCUAGCCGUCGCUACCCCUCUGUUGGGGACUGAACAGUGUGGCUAACGAUAGUUUCUAAUGGUAGUGUCUCCUCUCUCCUAGCCGUCGCUACCCCUCUGUUGGGUACUGAACAGUGUGGCUAACGAUAGUUUCUAAUGGUAGUGUCUCCUCUCUCCUAGCCGUCGCUACCCCGCUGUUGGGUACAGAACAGUGUGGCUAACGAUAGUUUCUAAUGGUAGUGUCUCCUCUCUCCUAGCCGUCGCUACCCCUCUGUUGGGUACAGAACAGUGUGGCUAACGAUAGUUUCUAAUGGUAGUGUCUCCUCUCUCCUAGCCGUCGCUACCCCGCUGUUGGGUACAGAACAGUGUGGCUAACGAUAGUUUCUAAUGGUAGUGUCUCCUCUCUCCUAGCCGUCGCUACCCCUCUGUUGGGUACUGAACAGUGUGGCUAACGAUAGUUUCUAAUGGUAGUGUCUCCUCUCUCCUAGCCGUCGCUACCCCCUCUGUUGGGUACUGAACAGUGUGGCUAACGAUAGUUUCUAAUGGUAGUGUCUCCUCUCUCCUAGCCGUCGCUACCCCUCUGUUGGGUACUGAACAGUGUGGCUAACGAUAGUUUCUAAUGGUAGUGUCUCCUCUCUCCUAGCCGUCGCUACCCCUCUGUUGGGUACUGAACAGUGUGGCUAACGAUAGUUUCUAAUGGUAGUGUCUCCUCUCUCCUAGCCGUCGCUACCCCUCUGUUGGGUACUGAACAGUGUGGCUAACGAUAGUUUCUAAUGGUAGUGUCUCCUCUCUCCUAGCCGUCGCUACCCCUCUGUUGGGGACUGAACAGUGUGGCUAACGAUAGUUUCUAAUGGUAGUGUCUCCUCUCUCCUAGCCGUCGCUACCCCGCUGUUGGGUACUGAACAGUGUGGCUAACGAUAGUUUCUAAUGGUAGUGUCUCCUCUCUCCUAGCCGUCGCUACCCCGCUGUUGGGUACAGAACAGUGUGGCUAACGAUAGUUUCUAAUGGUAGUGUCUCCUCUCUCCUAGCCGUCGCUACCCCUCUGUUGGGUACAGAACAGUGUGGCUAACGAUAGUUUCUAAUGGUAGUGUCUCCUCUCUCCUAGCCGUCGCUACCCCGCUGUUGGGUACUGAACAGUGUGGCUAACGAUAGUUUCUAAUGGUAGUGUCUCCUCUCUCCUAGCCGUCGCUACCCCGCUGUUGGGGACUGAACAGUGUGGCUAACGAUAGUUUCUAAUGGUAGUGCCUCCUCUCUCCUAGCCGUCGCUACCCCGCUGUUGGGGACUGAACAGUGUGGCUAACGAUAGUUUCUAAUGGUAGUGCCUCCUCUCUCCUAGCCGUCGCUACCCCGCUGUUGGGGACUGAACAGUGUGGCUAACGAUAGUUUCUAAUGGUAGUGUCUCCUCUCUCCUAGCCGUCGCUACCCCGCUGUUGGGUACUGAACAGUGUGGCUAACGAUAGUUUCUAAUGGUAGUGUCUCCUCUCUCCUAGCCGUCGCUACCCCGCUGUUGGGUACUGAACAGUGUGGCUAACGAUAGUUUCUAAUGGUAGUGUCUCCUCUCUCCUAGCCGUCGCUACCCCCGCUGUUGGGUACUGAACAGUGUGGCUAACGAUAGUUUCUAAUGGUAGUGUCUCCUCUCUCCUAGCCGUCGCUACCCCGCUGUUGGGUACAGAACAGUGUGGCUAACGAUAGUUUCUAAUGGUAGUGUCUCCUCUCUCCUAGCCGUCGCUACCCCGCUGUUGGGUACAGAACAGUGUGGCUAACGAUAGUUUCUAAUGGUAGUGUCUCCUCUCUCCUAGCCGUCGCUACCCCGCUGUUGGGUACAGAACAGUGUGGCUAACGAUAGUUUCUAAUGGUAGUGUCUCCUCUCUCCUAGCCGUCGCUACCCCUCUGUUGGGGACUGAACAGUGUGGCUAACGAUAGUUUCUAAUGGUAGUGUCUCCUCUCUCCUAGCUGUCGCUACCCCUCUGUUGGGGACUGAACAGUGUGGCUAACGAUAGUUUCUAAUGGUAGUGUCUCCUCUCUCCUAGCCGUCGCUACCCCUCUGUUGGGUACUGAACAGUGUGGCUAACGAUAGUUUCUAAUGGUAGUGUCUCCUCUCUCCUAGCCGUCGCUACCCACCCCCCGCUGUUGGGUACUGAACAGUGUGGCUAACGAUAGUUUCUAAUGGUAGUGCCUCCUCUCUCCUAGCCGUCGCUACCCCGCUGUUGGGUACUGAACAGUGUGGCUAACGAUAGUUUCUAAUGGUAGUGUCUCCUCUCUCCUAGCCGUCGCUACCCCUCUGUUGGGUACUGAACAGUGUGGCUAACGAUAGUUUCUAAUGGUAGUGUCUCCUCUCUCCUAGGCGUCGCUACCCCCCCCGCUGUUGGGUACUGAACAGUGUGGCUAACGAUAGUUUCUAAUGGUAGUGUCUCCUCUCUCCUAGCCGUCGCUACCCCUCUGUUGGGUACUGAACAGUGUGCCCUUGGUCCCGCCUACUGGUGCCAAAAUGUGAAGACUGCCUCCAUCUGUGGAGCCGUAGUCCACUGCCAGCAGAACGUAUGGAACCAGCCCCAGAUGGUAAGAAUCUAGCCUACUGUCUCUUGUCUAUUGAAGGGGGGAAAUGGUAUAGGUCUUUACCCUGUGUAAAUGGAUGAAUAGUGGGCAUUGUUUAACCUGGCCUUGGUUUUGUUACGCUAAUCAUCUCCCUCCUUCUGUUUCAGAAAUCUGUGCCAUGUGACCUGUGUAAGGAGGUGGUGGUUGUGGUGUACCAGCUGUUGAAAAACAAUGCUACGGAGGUGAGUCAUGGAGGAUGAAUGUGGGGAAAGUUCCCUGUUUUUGUUGUUGCUGAAAACAAAUUCAUGCGCUGCCAAAUAGCAAUUUAACUAUCUUCUAACCAGCGUACACAAUAGUGAUGCAUGUGUGCCACAACUGUUUUCCAGUCCCAGAUGAAUGAGUGCUUAAGAUAGCCCAGCCAUAUCUACAUCAGUCCUCUUGAGUAGUGUAACCCAGUGGUUCUCAAACCUCUCUUUAGGGGAUCCCCAGACCUUUAACAAUGUUGUUGUUGUCCUGAACUAGAUCACAUGAUUCACCUAGUAAAGGGCUUGACGAUUAGUUGAAUCAGGUGCUAGUUCUGGAAUAGUUCCAAAUACAUUUACAUUUUAGUCAUUUAGCAGACGCUCUUAUCCAGAGCGACUUACAGUUAGUGAAUACAUAUAUUUUUAUACUGGCCCCCCGUGGGAAUCGAACCCACAACCCUGGCGUUGCAAACGCCAUGCUCUAUCAACUGAGCUACAUCCCUGCCGGCCAUUCCCUCCCCUACCCUGGACCAAUUGUGCGCCGCCCAUGAGUCUCCCGGUCGCGGCCGGCUGCGACAGAGCCUGGAUUCAAACCAGGAUCUCUAGUGGCACAGUUAGCACUGCGAUGCAGUGCCUUAGACCACUGCGCCACUCAGGAGUCAAAUACAUGGAACUGCUUGGGGUCCCAGAGGAGAGGUUUGAGAACCACUGCUCCACAUAGUGUGUUCUUGAGGCUGUGGUCUUGAGGCUGUGGUCUUGAGGCUGUGGUCUUGAGGCUGUGGUCUUGAGGCUGUGGUCUUGAGGCUGUGGUCACAGUGUGGUCUUGAGGCUGUGGUCUUGAGGCUGUGGUCUUGAGGCUGUGGUCUUGAGGCUGUGGUCUUGAGGCUGUGGUCUUGAGGCUGUGGUCACAGUGUGGUCUUGAGGCUGUGGUCUUGAGGCUGUGGUCUUGAGGCUGUGUUCUUGAGGCUGUGAUGUGCAUGUCCUCUAGGGUGAGAUUCUGGGCUACCUGGAGAAGCUCUGUACCUUGAUCCCUGUCAAGAGCCUGUCUGCGGAGUGUAAGGAGCUGGUGGACAGCUACUACCCCCUCAUCACUGGCAUCAUCACUGCAGAACUGGUACACACACACACAUACACACACACACACACAUACACACACACACAUACACACACACACACAUACACAUACACACACACAUACACACACACACAGACAGAAGGGGUUUAUAGGAAAGUAAGCUGGCCUACACAGAGCGAGAGAGAGAAGUGGUUUGUUGUUCAGAAUCAAUCCAACAUCUUCAUUUUGCUACGCGAUAUGGAAUUGUUUUAAGAAGGUCAUACCAAGGAUCAUUUAGCUAUUUGAUUUGGAAUUUUAAGACCUCUUGAAGGAUCAACAAAAAUGAUUUGAUGAAAAAAUAUAAUUGGCCUUACUGCUAUUAGCCAAUGCAAACACAUUGAAUAACAGAUUCACUACAUGGAACAACAGAUAGUCCCCCCCCAAAAAAAGAAAAUCUAAAGGAAGUUUGUACUGAAGUGUCUGGCCUAUAUCUUCGAGAUAUAAGAACAUUAUUAUAUAUAUUUUUUUUAAUGAUACAUGUAUUUAACCCCUUAUUUUUGGCAGUAAACAGUCUCCGUAUAUACUGUACCUCCAUCAAAUUUUUCAACUGGUACCGGGGUACCUUCAGACGAGUCUUGUGAGGCCUUUGGGCGUCCUAGAGCAUAACAACUGACAUGUUGGUGAGAAUCUCACCUCUGCACAGAGGGGUCAUAUUAGUGUGUAGCCCCAAACUGUUCGGACGCUACAGACAGAAGUUGGCAGAUCGGUUGUACCGACUCCAGACGUGUUCGUGAGUCUCAUCUUUCCAUAGUUUGGAGGCCAAAUUGUUCGGACGCUAAAGACGAUUUUGUGAGAAGACCGGUUUUCGGGACGUCUCAUGGUCUGACAAACACCGCUCUAGCUCUCUCACCUUUCAUCGCAGAUGCGGAAGUGUGACUUAUAAAAAACGGAUAUCUCUAGCUUAAAUUGACAGAUUUUUAUGGGGAUUUAUUAUUAUUAUUAUGCUAAUUAGAUUUCCGCUGUGUUUUCUAGGCCUGGAAAACUUUGGGUAAAUGAUCAAAUCCGAAACGUUUUGGAGAAGUCAUGGAAAUGUAAUAUAAUUUAUGUUCAUGUAAUUUAUUUAGGCACAGUUUUAACAAUAUUUUAUCAAUUAAAAUUAAAAUCGACAUAUCAGCCAGGAUCGGAAUGAUAGCGCAUCUGUUUGCGCGCAUCACCUGCAUAGUGCGAGAGGCGUGGGCGGUUGCUCAAGGAGAGAGAGACAGUCGGACAUUGCAACAGCAGGUAGGCCUAUAAAAUAUGAUCGAGAACAGGUUAACUAGGUAGCCAUUUCAAAACGUAUCUGUACCCUCUAGUCUAACUGUUUAGCUAUUAUUAGCAUGUAUUAAUGGUUUCGUCAUGUCCCAAAAAACUUUCCACCGACACUGGCGAAUUAGGCCAUUGAAAGUUAAUUUAACUUUUUUGAACGAUUCAUACGUUUCAUUUAAAUGAUUAUUUUUGAUGAAACGAACAAUUCACUUUGCCAUUGUAUUAGUUGGGAUUCGGUUCAAUCGUUAUGAAUCAAAUCAUGUGAAUCAAAAUAAUAAUGUGUGAAUCGUGAACAUGAAUUUUAAGAAUAAAUAUUAGAUAUAGCCUUUCUUUUGGAUUAUGUGGCUUCAACCUGUUUUGUAGAUACUUCCAGUUGAUUUGUAUAUUGAAUGAUGUAUGAGACAUUAACUCAAUAGGUGCUAGUCAGCCUGCAAAGUAAACACUUCUACGGUGGCUAAGAUAAAUAUGACUAAACUAGAAAAGGUACAUUUCCUGAAAAUAUGUGGGCUUGCUUCAGCUGAAUAAAAAUAUUUGUAGCCUACCAUAUCCAUUUGAUCUUUUGAUAUAUUGAAUGAGCGAAUUAUUUCAAAAGGUAUAACACACAUUUGGUUGUAAUGUUGCCAUGUUUUACAUCAAGGGUGGUCAACCAUCCUCCAGGAGAGCUAAUGGGUGUGCAGGCUUUUGUUCCAGUCCCCCUCUAACAAACAACAUUUUAGAAAUGAGCUGCUCAACCGGACCUUGAUAAACUCUGAUGUGUUUGAGCAGGGCUUGAUCAAAAGCCUGCACACCCAGCAGCUCUCCAGACUGAGGGGUUAACCACGUGGUGUUUUAUACAGUUGCCUAACAGGUAUUCUACUUUGUUGGGGGUUAAGUGCCUUUCUCGACGACAGAUUGUACAUGGGAUCAGAGAGCAACCUCCCAGUGUCGAUACCACAAUUACUUACUUUUCUUAUACGUACAUAGAGACGCUGCCGAUUUGUCGGUCAUGAAAACGUCAAGUCAUGAAAUUCCAACUGUCAAAAUGUGUAUGAACCCAGUGUAUAAUAACUGGACUGAUAUAGCCGUAACAUUUAGUUUUUAAACAUUCCCAUGACAAAUGUUGAGUGGCGAUUUAAAGCUUAGUGUUAGAAGAUGGUAGACAGCCAAACUGAUGAGCAAAGAUGGACUAGAUGCCCGUUGGCCCUAAUGUAUAUUAUAUAAAAUGACUUUCAUGCAGUCUAGUCCAAGGAACGCAAUGUGUUGUGACUGAAUGGAUAUUAGGUUGGAAAAGUUUGUCACUCCUAAAUAUAACAUUUUGACAAACAACGAGUUAAAGCAAAACUGAGGAUCAUUUGAUGAGAAUUGAGACACUUUACAAUACUAUACAUUGAAUGUUGACACUACAGGACAACUGGCAUAGGGCCAUCUUAGGCAUUAGAAGAGUUGAGCUCUCUCUAGUAAAGGUCAUUUAUUGUCAAGUCAAUGUUGUAUGCCUCCUUAUCAGACUCAAGUUGUCUGUUGUGACACAAGGGGAACACAGUAGAUGUUCUGUGGGGACUACUGAAAGGGAACACAGAUGUUCUGUGGGGGCUGGGGACUAGGGAAGUGGAACACAGUAUAUGUUCUGUGGGGACUAGUAAAGGGGAACACAGUAGAUGUUCUGUGGGGACUAGUAAAGGGGAACACAGUAGAUGUUCUGUGGGGACUAGUAAAGGGGAACACAGUAGAUGUUCUGUGGGGACUAGUAAAGGGGAACACAGUAGAUGUUCUGUGGGGACUAGUAAAGGGGAACACAGUAGAUGUUCUGUGGGGACUAGUAAAGGGGAACACAGUAGAUGUUCUGUGGGGACUAGUGAAGGGGAACACAGUAGAUGUUCUGUGGGGACUAGUAAAGGGGAACACAGUAGAUGUUCUGUGGGGACUAGUAAAGGGGAACACAGUAGAUGUUCUGUGGGGACUAGUAAAGGGGAACACAGUAGAUGUUCUGUGGGGACUAGUAAAGGGGAACACAGUAGAUGUUCUGUGGGGACUAGUAAAGGGGAACACAGUAGAUGUUCUGUGGGGACUAGUAAAGGGGAACACAGUAGAUGUUCUGUGGGGACUAGUAAAGGGGAACACAGUAGAUGUUCUGUGGGGACUAGUAAAGGGGAACACAGUAGAUGUUCUGUGGGGACUAGUAAAGGGGAACACAGUAGAUGUUCUGUGGGGACUAGUAAAGGGGAACACAGUAGAUGUUCUGUGGGGGCUGGGGACUAGUAAAGGGGAACACAGUAGAUGUUCUGUGGGGACUAGUAAAGGGGAACACAGUAGAUGUUCUGUGGGGACUAGUAAAGGGGAACACAGUAGAUGUUCUGUGGGGACUAGUAAAGGGGAACACAGUAGAUGUUCUGUGGGGACUAGUAAAGGGGAACACAGUAGAUGUUCUGUGGGGGCUGGGGACUAGGGAAUGAAAGGCAUUUAGAAGGAUGCCAGCUACAUAUAGAUUAAGCCUGUUCCUGGACUAAAACACACUUUCAAUUGAGAUUCAUUUGAGUCCAGGACUAGGCUUAAUCUGGGUCUGUGAAACUGACCCUGAGAGUUAAUGGUAGUGACUUCAUAGUGGAGUCUCUAGUGAGAUAUACAGAUUGUAGUGACUUAAUAGUGGAGUCUCUAGUGAGAUAUACAGAUUGUAGUGACUUAAUGGUGGAGUCUCUAGUGAGAUACAGAUUGUAGUGACUUAAUGGUGGAGUCUCUAGUGAGAUAUACAGAUUGUAGUGACUUAAUGGUGGAGUCUCUAGUGAGAUAUACAGAUUGUAGUGACUUAAUGGUGGAGUCUCUAGUGAGAUAUACAGAUUGUAGUGACUUAAUGGUGGAGUCUCUAGUGAGAUAUACAGAUUGUAGUGACUUAAUAGUGGAGUCUCUAGUGAGAUAUACAGAUUGUAGUGACUUAAUGGUGGAGUCUCUAGUGAGAUAUACAGAUUGUAGUGACUUAAUGGUGGAGUCUCUAGUGAGAAAUACAGAUUGUAGUGACUUAAUGGUGGAGUCUCUAGUGAGAUAUACAGAUUGUAGUGACUUAAUGGUGGAGUCUCUAGUGAGAUAUACAGGUGGUAGUGACUUAAUGGUGGAGUCUCUAGUGAGAUAUACAGAUUGUAGUGACUUGAUAGUGGAGUCUCUAGUGAGAUAUACAGAUUGUAGUGACUUAAUGGUGGAGUCUCUAGUGAGAUAUACAGAUUGUAGUGACUUAAUGGUGGAGUCUCUAGUGAUAUAUACAGAUUGUAGUGACUUAAUGGUGGAGUCUCUAGUGAGAUAUACAGAUUGUAGUGACUUAAUGGUGGAGUCUCUAGUGAGAUAUACAGAUUGUAGUGACUUAAUGGUGGAGUCUCUAGUGAGAUAUACAGAUUGUAGUGACUUAAUGGUGGAGUCUCUAGUGAGAUAUACAGAUUGUAGUGACUUAAUGGUGGAGUCUCUAGUGAGAUAUACAGAUUGUAGUGACUUGAUAGUGGAGUCUCUAGUGAGAUAUACAGAUUGUAGUGACUUGAUAGUGGAGUCGCUAGUGAGAUAUACAGAUUGUAGUGACUUAAUGGUGGAGUCUCUAGUGAGAUAUACAGAUUGUAGUGACUUAAUAGUGGAGUCUCUAGUGAGAUAUACAGAUUGUAGUGACUUAAUGGUGGAGUCUCUAGUGAGAUAUACAGAUUUUAGUGACUUAAUGGUGGAGUCUCUAGUGAGAUAUACAGAUUGUAGUGACUUGAUAGUGGAGUCUCUAGUGAGAUAUACAGAUUGUAGUGACUUAAUAGUGGAGUCUCUAGUGAGAUAUACAGAUUUUAGUGACUUAAUGGUGGAGUCUCUAGUGAGAUAUACAGAUUGUAGUGACUUGAUAGUGGAGUCUCUAGUGAGAUAUACAGAUUGUAGUCACUUAAUGGUGGAGUCUCUAGUGAGAUAUACAGAUUGUAGUCACUUAAUGGUGGAGUCUCUAGUGAGAUAUACAGAUUGUAGUGACUUAAUGGUGGAGUCUCUAGUGAGAUAUACAGAUUGUAGUGACUUAAUGGUGGUGUCUCUAGUGAGAUAUACAGAUUGUAGUGACUUAAUGGUGGAGUCUCUAGUGAGAUAUACAGAUUGUAGUGACUUAAUGGUGGAGUCUCUAGUGAGAUAUACAGAUUGUAGUGACUUAAUGGUGGAGUCUCUAGUGAGAUAUACAGAUUGAAGUGACUUAAUGGUGGAGUCUCUAGUGAGAUAUACAGAUUGUAGUGACUUAAUGGUGGAGUCUCUAGUGAGGUAUACAGAUUGUAGUGACUUAAUGGUGGAGUCUCUAGUGAGAUAUACAGAUUGUAGUGACUUAAUGGUGGAGUCUCUAGUGAGAUAUACAGAUUGUAGUGACUUAAUGGUGGAGUCUCUAGUGAGAUAUACAGAUUGUAGUGACUUAAUGGUGGAGUCUCUAGUGAGAUAUACAGAUUGUAGUGACUUAAUGGUGGAGUCUCUAGUGAGAUAUACAGAUUGUAGUGACUUAAUGGUGGAGUCUCUAGUGAGAUAUACAGAUUGUAGUGACUUAAUGGUGGAGUCUCUAGUGAGAUAUACAGAUUGUAGUGACUUAAUGGUGGAGUCUCUAGUGAGAUAUACAGAUUGUAGUGACUUAAUGGUGGAGUCUCUAGUGAGGUAUACAGAUUGUAGUGACUUAAUGGUGGAGUCUCUAGUGAGAUAUAUACAGAUUGUAGUGACUUAAUGGUGGAGUCUCUAGUGAGAUAUACAGAUUGUAGUGACUUAAUGGUGGAGUCUCUAGUGAGAUAUACAGAUUGUAGUGACUUAAUGGUGGAGUCUCUAGUGAGAUAUACAGAUUGUAGUGACUUAAUGGUGGAGUCUCUAGUGAGAUAUACAGAUUGUAGUGACUUAAUGGUGGAGUCUCUAGUGAGAUAUACAGAUUGUAGUGACUUAAUGGUGGAGUCUCUAGUGAGAUAUACAGAUUGUAGUGACUUAAUGGUGGAGUCUCUAGUGAGAUAUACAGAUUGUAGUGACUUAAUGGUGGAGUCUCUAGUGAGAUAUACAGAUUGUAGUGACUUAAUGGUGGAGUCUCUAGUGAGAUAUACAGAUUGAAGUGACUUAAUGGUGGAGUCUCUAGUGAGAUAUACAGAUUGAAGUGACUUAAUGGUGGAGUCUCUAGUGAGAUAUACAGAUUGAAGUGACUUAAUGGUGGAGUCUCUAGUGAGAUAUACAGAUUGUAGUGACUUAAUGGUGGAGUCUCUAGUGAGAUAUACAGAUUGUAGUGACUUAAUGGUGGAGUCUCUAGUGAGAUAUACAGAUUGUAGUGACUUAAUGGUGGAGUCUCUAGUGAGAUAUACAGAUUGUAGUGACUUAAUGGUGGAGUCUCUAGUGAGAUAUACAGAUUGUAGUGACUUAAUGGUGGAGUCUCUAGUGAGAUAUACAGAUUGUAGUGACUUAAUGGUGGAGUCUCUAGUGAGAUAUACAGAUUGUAGUGACUUAAUGGUGGAGUCUCUAGUGAGAUAUACAGAUUGAAGUGACUUAAUGGUGGAGUCUCUAGUGAGAUAUACAGAUUGUAGUGACUUAAUGGUGGAGUCUCUAGUGAGAUAUACAGAUUGUAGUGACUUAAUGGUGGAGUCUCUAGUGAGAUAUACAGGUGGUAGUGACUUAAUGGUGGAGUCUCUAGUGAGAUAUACAGAUUGUAGUGACUUGAUAGUGGAGUCUCUAGUGAGAUAUACAGAUUGUAGUGACUUAAUGGUGGAGUCUCUAGUGAGAUAUACAGAUUGUAGUGACUUAAUGGUGGAGUCUCUAGUGAUAUAUACAGAUUGUAGUGACUUAAUGGUGGAGUCUCUAGUGAGAUAUACAGAUUGUAGUGACUUAAUGGUGGAGUCUCUAGUGAGAUAUACAGAUUGUAGUGACUUAAUGGUGGAGUCUCUAGUGAGAUAUACAGAUUGAAGUGACUUAAUGGUGGAGUCUCUAGUGAGAUAUACAGAUUGUAGUGACUUAAUGGUGGAGUCUCUAGUGAGAUAUACAGAUUGUAGUGACUUAAUAGUGGAGUCUCUAGUGAGAUAUACAGAUUGUAGUGACUUAAUGGUGGAGUCUCUAGUGAGAUAUACAGAUUUUAGUGACUUAAUGGUGGAGUCUCUAGUGAGAUAUACAGAUUGUAGUGACUUGAUAGUGGAGUCUCUAGUGAGAUAUACAGAUUGUAGUGACUUAAUAGUGGAGUCUCUAGUGAGAUAUACAGAUUUUAGUGACUUAAUGGUGGAGUCUCUAGUGAGAUAUACAGAUUGUAGUGACUUGAUAGUGGAGUCUCUAGUGAGAUAUACAGAUUGUAGUCACUUAAUGGUGGAGUCUCUAGUGAGAUAUACAGAUUGUAGUCACUUAAUGGUGGAGUCUCUAGUGAGAUAUACAGAUUGUAGUCACUUAAUGGUGGAGUCUCUAGUGAGAUAUACAGAUUGUAGUGACUUAAUGGUGGAGUCUCUAGUGAGAUAUACAGAUUGUAGUGACUUAAUGGUGGUGUCUCUAGUGAGAUAUACAGAUUGUAGUGACUUAAUGGUGGAGUCUCUAGUGAGAUAUACAGAUUGUAGUGACUUAAUGGUGGGAGUCUCUAGUGAGAUAUACAGAUUGUAGUGACUUAAUGGUGGAGUCUCUAGUGAGAUAUACAGAUUGUAGUGACUUAAUGGUGGAGUCUCUAGUGAGGUAUACAGAUUGUAGUGACUUAAUGGUGGAGUCUCUAGUGAGAUAUACAGAUUGUAGUGACUUAAUGGUGGAGUCUCUAGUGAGAUAUACAGAUUGUAGUGACUUAAUGGUGGAGUCUCUAGUGAGAUAUACAGAUUGUAGUGACUUAAUGGUGGAGUCUCUAGUGAGAUAUACAGAUUGUAGUGACUUAAUGGUGGAGUCUCUAGUGAGAUAUACAGAUUGUAGUGACUUAAUGGUGGAGUCUCUAGUGAGAUAUACAGAUUGUAGUGACUUAAUGGUGGAGUCUCUAGUGAGAUAUACAGAUUGUAGUGACUUAAUGGUGGAGUCUCUAGUGAGAUAUACAGAUUGUAGUGACUUAAUGGUGGAGUCUCUAGUGAGAUAUACAGAUUGAAGUGACUUAAUGGUGGAGUCUCUAGUGAGAUAUACAGAUUGUAGUGACUUAAUGGUGGAGUCUCUAGUGAGAUAUACAGAUUGUAGUGACUUAAUGGUGGAGUCUCUAGUGAGAUAUACAGAUUGUAGUGACUUAAUGGUGGAGUCUCUAGUGAGAUAUAUACAGAUUGUAGUGACUUAAUGGUGGAGUCUCUAGUGAGAUAUAUACAGAUUGUAGUGACUUAAUGGUGGAGUCUCUAGUGAGAUAUACAGAUUGUAGUGACUUAAUGGUGGGAGUCUCUAGUGAGAUAUACAGAUUGUAGUGACUUAAUGGUGGAGUCUCUAGUGAGAUAUACAGAUUGUAGUGACUUAAUGGUGGAGUCUCUAGUGAGAUAUACAGAUUGUAGUGACUUAAUGGUGGAGUCUCUAGUGAGAUAUACAGAUUGUAGUGACUUAAUGGUGGAGUCUCUAGUGAGAUAUACAGAUUGUAGUGACUUAAUGGUGGAGUCUCUAGUGAGAUAUACAGAUUGUAGUGACUUAAUGGUGGAGUCUCUAGUGAGAUAUAUACAGAUUGUAGUGACUUAAUGGUGGAGUCUCUAGUGAGAUAUAUACAGAUUGUAGUGACUUAAUGGUGGAGUCUCUAGUGAGAUAUACAGAUUGUAGUGACUUAAUGGUGGAGUCUCUAGUGAGAUAUACAGAUUGUAGUGACUUAAUGGUGGAGUCUCUAGUGAGAUAUACAGAUUGUAGUGACUUAAUGGUGGAGUCUCUAGUGAGAUAUACAGAUUGUAGUGACUUAAUGGUGGAGUCUCUAGUGAGAUAUACAGAUUGUAGUGACUUAAUGGUGGAGUCUCUAGUGAGAUAUACAGAUUGUAGUGACUUAAUGGUGGAGUCUCUAGUGAGAUAUACAGAUUGUAGUGACUUAAUGGUGGAGUCUCUAGUGAGAUAUAUACAGAUUGUAGUGACUUAAUGGUGGAGUCUCUAGUGAGAUAUAUACAGAUUGUAGUGACUUAAUGGUGGAGUCUCUAGUGAGAUAUACAGAUUGAAGUGACUUAAUGGUGGAGUCUCUAGUGAGAUAUACAGAUUGUAGUGACUUAAUGGUGGAGUCUCUAGUGAGAUAUACAGAUUGUAGUGACUUAAUGGUGGAGUCUCUAGUGAGAUAUACAGAUUGUAGUGACUUAAUGGUGGAGUCUCUAGUGAGAUAUACAGAUUGUAGUGACUUAAUGGUGGAGUCUCUAGUGAGAUAUACAGAUUGUAGUGACUUAAUGGUGGAGUCUCUAGUGAGAUAUACAGAUUGAAGUGACUUAAUGGUGGAGUCUCUAGUGAGAUAUACAGAUUGUAGUGACUUAAUGGUGGAGUCUCUAGUGAGAUAUACAGAUUGUAGUGACUUAAUGGUGGAGUCUCUAGUGAGAUAUACAGAUUGUAGUGACUUAAUGGUGGAGUCUCUAGUGAGAUAUACAGAUUGUAGUGACUUAAUGGUGGAGUCUCUAGUGAGAUAUAUACAGAUUGUAGUGACUUAAUGGUGGAGUCUCUAGUGAGAUAUACAGAUUGUAGUGACUUAAUGGUGGAGUCUCUAGUGAGAUAUACAGAUUGUAGUGACUUAAUGGUGGAGUCUCUAGUGAGAUAUACAGAUUGUAGUGACUUAAUGGUGGAGUCUCUAGUGAGAUAUAUACAGAUUGAAGUGACUUAAGUCCGAUGUCUCUGGGUUUCAGGAGAACCCCCAGGUGGUGUGUGGUGCCAUUGGCCUGUGUGAUUCCCAGCAGGCAGCUCUGGGCAGACUCCAGUCUCAGAUCCAAUCCAAACAGAUCCCCCAGCUCACGUCCAAUGAGAUCCCUCAGGAAGACCUGGCCCAGAGGGUCGCCCCCUUCCUCCUCAACGUCCCUGGGCUCCUCUACCCCCAGGCCCAGGAGAACACCAAGCAGGGGGUCCCUAAACAGGUACGCCAGUCGUCAUAGAAUUUGGGGGUCUAGGAUUGGGUUUCUGUAAAGCAAUUGUUAAAAAGGGCUUUAAAAAUACAUUAGAUUUAGAAUUUACUCAGGUGUCCAGCAUAGCUGCAACAUAGGUUGUGUUCAGUAAGGCACAAAGUACCAAAUCUUUUUGCAACGGAAAACUGAAAUCUGUCUUCUUAUUGAACAAAUUCUGGCUGUACUUUCCCAUUCCAAACCGUCAUUUCACUACUGAACACCACCCAGUACCAACUUUAAACUUAUCACUGAUUCAUAUUGGUAUGUGUGUAGAGGUAACUGCUACUCCUCAUUCACUAGUGAAUGUCUUCUGUCCCCUGUAGGAGAGUGGAGACGUGUGUGAGGACUGUGUGAAGUUCAUCACAGACUUCCAGGACGAGGCUAAGAGCAACUCCACCUACGUCAACUCUCUGAUCGAACGGAUCGAGAGCCAGUGUGACCUGCUGGGACCUGGAAUCUCUGACCUGGUGAGAGGACUACUUAGUUAUCUAAUUAGUAGUUAGUGAGAGGACUGGGUUUUAUAACAAGUUUGGUGGAGUGAUUUAUUUUUGAGUAAUCCAGCAAUAGCCAUAAUCUAAUUUAAGGAGGUUGUGAAGUUCGUACCCUAGAUGCUAGCUGAUUUAAUGCACUAGCUGGUUUAUUUGACCCUGUUGGUCAUCUAUGAACGUUAGAAGAUCAUGAAGAACGAUCUGGCCUUAAAUGGCCAUGUACUCUUAUAAUCUCCACCCGACUGGCCACCCCUCAGAGCCUGGUUCCUCUCUAGGUUUCUUCCUAGGUCUCUGCCUUUCUAGGGAGUUUUUCCUAGCCACCGUGCUUCUACAUCUGCAUUGCUUGCUGUUUGGGGUUUUAGGCUGGGUUUCUGUAUAGCACUUUGAUAUCUGCUGCUGUUAAAAGGGCUUUAUAAAUACAUUUGAUUGACCAACAAAUACUUUCAAUCUAUGAAGCUAGAAGAUUGUUUUCCACUGACUUUGUUUCUGACUGUUUUUUGCCUCCUGUGUUUCAGUGCAAGCAGUACGUCAGCCAGUACGCUCCUCUCAUCGCCCUGCAGCUCAUGUCCAUGGUUAGUCACCUCAUUGUCUUCUACCUUCAAGGUCACGUCCCAAAUGGCUCCCUAUAUAGUGCACCACUUUUGGCUUUCAGCCCCCCAAACAGGAGGGUUUUCUUUUUGUAAUGUAAUUGUAAUCAAUGAAUCUGCACAGUGUUGCCUGACAAAUACUUAACAGGUUUAUACAUGGGUGAAAUGAACCAGCAUGUGUAUGAUAAUGUCAUAAUACAUUUAGUGUUUAUUUAUAUAUAUAUAUAUCCAGACUCCUCCUACAGCACCUCCUACCGCUGAUUUCUUCCAUCAUUAAACACUUUUUUUUUUUCUCCUUCCUCCUUCCUCCCUCUUUCCUUUUCCCCCUCUUCCCUCCCUCUCCCCUCUUUCCCCCUCCUCCUCUCUCCCCCCCCCCCCUUUUUUUUUUCCCCCUCCUGCCCCCCUCCCCCCUUUUUUCUCUCUCCUCCCCCCUCCUUUUUCCCCCCCCUUCCCCUCCCUCUCCUCUUCCUCCCCUCCCCUGGGCCCCCCCCCCCCCCCCCCCCCCCCCCCCCCCCCCCCCCCGGGGGGGCCCCCCCCGGCCCCCCCCCCCCCCCCCCCAAAAAAAAGGGGGGGCCCCCCCCCCGGGGGGGGGGGGGGCCCCCCCCCCCCCCCCCCCCCCCCCCCCCCCCCCCCCCCCCCCCCCCCCCUUUUUUUUUUUUUUUUUUUUCCCCCCUUUCCCCCCCUUCCCCCCCCCCCCCCCUUCCCCUUCCCCCUUUUCCCCCCCCCUCCCCCCCCUUUCCUCCCCCCCGCCCCCCUUUUUUUUCCCCCCUUCCCUUUUUUCCUUUUUUCCCCCAAAAAUUUUUCCCCCUUUCCCCCCCCCCUCCUUUUUUUCCCCCCCCUUUCUUUUCCCCCCCCUUUUUUUUUAAAAAAAAAAAAAAAAAAACCCCCCCCCCGGGCCCCUCCCCCCCCCCUCCGGCCCCCCUUUUUUUUUUCCCCUUUCCUCCCCCCCCCUUUCUCCCCCUUUUUUCCCCCCCCCUUUUUUUUUUUUCCCUCCCCCCCCCCCCCCCCCCCCCUUUUUCCCCCUUUCUCCCCCCCCCCCCCCCCUUUUUCCCCCCCCUUCUCUUUUCCCCCUGCCCUUUUCUCCAAAACCCCCUUUCUUUUUUUUCCCCCCCUUUUUUUUCUUUUUUCCCCCCUUUUUUUUUCCCCCCCCCCCCCCCUCCCUUUUUCCCUCCUCUUCUCCUGCUCUCUCUCUUCUCCUGGGGUUGCUAUGGGUCUCUAGGAACAGGUAGGUCUCUCUCGCUCUGUGUUCAGUCUCUUACCCUUUUAGGCUGUAGCCACACAGAGACUGGGAUGAAAUCCUAUUAUGCAUUCAGCAUUGUCCAAUUUUGUCCUGCAAAAAGGCUGACAUAUUGAGCGUUUUUUUUUUUGACGGACAAUCAUCUCCGUUGUCCAUCUGUCAACUGAUGACUACCAUUGUAAAAAGAUCUGGAAUUUUCUGACAAUCUGUCUGCCCACAGCCUGAGGCUCUGUUUCUGUAUUGUCUUUCUACUAGUGCUACUCACUUUAAAUACUCACCUUUUACUGUUCUAGAACUGCAUCACAAUGUUUCUCUGUUUUGUGCCGAAUGCAAAUACCUAGGCAAGUCGAGCUUUUUUUGUAAAACAUAUUUGAUGUGUGUGUCGUGAUACUAGACUGCAGAUUGGUCCGUGCAACCCUCUCCAUUUUGUCCACUGGGUUUGGGCGGUAUACCGGGGUUUGGGCGGUAUACCGGGGUAUUUGGAAAAAGCCACGGGAUGGUUUUUCAAUACCACCAAUACUGUUGAAACAAUUUCUUUGACUCUUUAAAAAAAUAUAUAUAUAUUUGUUUUAAUUUUUUAAGUAAAUACUGUACCUGCUGUCAACUUGUGCAAUGCGUUAGGAGAUAAAGCAGAUCGCGUUCUUCAUUUCACCUGUCACAUCAUUUUACAUUAGGAAACCGUAGUUCCCCAGAACAGUUGAGCCAGUCAGGUGUUUGUUGGUAAACAGCACAACAGGGGACAGUGGUAGCAGGUGAGUCCAGCUGUGUAUUUACAGGGGUCGCGUUUUAUAUUGAAAGUCAAUAUACCAUAGUUUUCCUUCACAAAAAAGGCAUUAGUGAAGCACAUUCGGCAGAAAAUGGCUUCAUUUUCUUCAGAUGACAGCAGAAAUGCAACGCUAUUUGGCUGGCAGCCUCAAGUAAAUGAGCUUACAAUGAAAAAGCAAGGUAUUUUUUGCAAAAACAAUGCAUGGCCAUCAUAUUUCUAAUGUUUAGGCCUAUCAUAGAAAGAAUGUAGCCAGCUGCAUGUUCUAAUGUUUUGCUUAAAGUUAAUCUUGCAUUUUUACCGGAGAAAAGUAGACUGACUACACUGAGAAAAGUACCGGAGAAAAAGAGUACUGUCUGCUGAUAGAACGGCCGUUCAUGAAUUGUCACCCGAGUUUAAAAGUGCAACAGAAGCACAACAUUAGUCUGAUGCCGAGCAGAAAUUACAAUGUGAAGCAUUUUAGAUCUGUGUUUACAAAACGAAGCAAGAGAUUUCUUAUGCGUUUCUUUUUUUUUUUCUCCUGCGUGAAACGCAGAAUUCUGCGUUAACACGACCCUUAAGUUUAACUCGAUAUCUAAGUAAGUGGCUGAAUUGAUAAGGUCACGUGGCAUCAUAUCGUGUUCGCUUUCUGCUGUGUUUGAGAAGCCAAAGCCCUUUUGGAUGAGUGAUCUGUACAGCUGCCACUGUAGCUUGAUUUCCUUGUGUUUUCUUUCUCCUUUCUGUUCUGGGUCUGUUUGCUCCGCCCCCAUCUUCUCCGAGGAGAGCAGGCAGGCCGGUUGCCCUAGCGACUCCACACAGUACUGUUCUUCCUUAAGACAAGCAUGCGUCAACUUUGUUCAUUUGCACGAUGUCUCCCAUUCACUUGUAAAUGUCCAAACUCACCAAAAAUGACAUUCGGGAAGCUCCUACCUGUAUAUGUAGAACUUUAUGAGCUGGACUGCCUUUUCUUUGCAAUUCGUUUAUUUUCUUUUGCGCUCGUUAGCAUAUUAAGCUAGCAGCCUCCAUGGAAAUUCACUAUUACUUGUGCUAAUUUUGUUAGCGUUCUGCUAAUAGACGUCCAAUCCUAAAAUGAAUGAUUCACUACCAAUGUUAUAGUUUCUUAAUGCUUCAUUAGUGUCUGGAACCAUCUGAUCCCUAUGCAUGAGAAUCAUCUACCUGUGACAUGGGCUUCUGGAUUAGACAGUAUACUGAACCUAUUGUGUGGGUUUGAAAUUGAUUGCAUGAGGAAAUGUAUAGCAUGGAUCUGUCUCUGAGACUAUGGUGCAGUGGACUGUGCACGUUGUACACAUGCAUCAUCCUGACGGCAUGUGAUGCAACAUGGACACAUUCAUACCAUACCACAGAAACUAACUGUCCAUUCUGACAUUCUCCCCACUCAGAAACCUAAAGAUAUCUGUGCCCGCGCUGGCUUCUGCUCUGCAGAGGUGAAGAGCUCUGUCCCCAUGAUGAAGCUGGUGGCUGCCAAGGCAAUCCCCGCUGUCAAACUGGUCCCUGCCACUAAGAUGGAGGCUCUCAAGCCCGCCAAGGUAACCUACUUGUACCAGAGGCACUGGAACUGCACAACUGUACCUUCACUUUCUUUCUUCCACAUGAAAUACAUUUACAUUUAAAUACAAAGACAUUUCCAUACACAUAAAAAGUGAUAUAAUCACACUGACCAUGUGUUUGUAAAGUAGUUAUGACGUUGGUAUGUUUACUAUUGUCAAGUUGCGUCAAUUCAAAUCUGGUAUUAGGAACAAAAAGAGGUCAAUACACGUCUUCUAAAAUAGACUAGUAUUUUAAUUAAUGCAAACACUUGAAUGGUAAAUACACUGCUCAAAAAAAUAAAGGGAACACUAAAAUAACACAUCCUAGAUCUGAAUGAAUGAAAUAAUCUUGUUAAAUACUUUUUUCUUUACAUAGUUGAAUGUGCUGACAACAAAAUCACACAAAAAUUAUCAAUGGAAAUCAAAUUUAUCAACCCAUGGAGGUCUGGAUUUGGAGUCACCCUCAAAAUUACAGUGGAAAACCACACUACAGGCUGAUCCAACUUUGAUGUAAUGUCCUUAAAACAAGUCAAAAUGAGGCUCAGUAGUGUGUGUGUGGCCUCCACGUGCCUGUAUGACCUCCCUACAACGCCUGGGCAUGCUCCUGAUGAGGUGGCGGAUGGUCUCCUGAGGGAUCUCCUCCCAGACCUGGACUAAAGCAUCCGCUAAUUCCUGGACAGUCUGGUGCAACGUGGCGUUGGUGGAUGGAGCGAGACAUGAUGUCCCAGAUGUGCUCAAUUGGAUUCAGGUCUGGGGAACGGGCGGGCCAGUCCAUAGCAUCAAUGCCUUCCUCUUGCAGGAACUGCUGACACACUCCAGCCACAUGAGGUCUAGCAUUGUCUUGCAUUAGGAGGAACCCAGGGCCAACCGCACCAGCAUAUGGUCUCACAAGGGGUCUGAGGAUCUCAUCUUGGAACCUAAUGGCAGUCAGGCUACCUCUGGCGAGCACAUGGAGGGCUGUGCGGCCCCCCAAAGAAAUGCCACCCCACACCAUGACUGACCCACCGCCAAACCGGUCAUGCUGGAGGAUGUUGCAGGCAGCAGAAUGUUCUCCACGGCGUCUCCAGACUCUGUCACGUCUGUCACGUGCUCAGUGUGAACCUGCUUUCAUCUGUGAAGGGCACAGUGCGCCAGUGGCGAAUUUGCUAAUCUUGGUGUUCUCUGGCAAAUGCCAAACGUCCUGCACGGUGUUGGGCUGUAAGCACAACCCCCACCUGUGGACAUCGGGCCCUCAUACCACCCUCAUGGAGUCUGUUUCUGACCGUUUGAGCAGACACAUGCACAUUUGUGGCCUGCUGGAGGUCAUUUUGCAGGGCUCUGGCAGUGCUCCUCCUGCUCCUCCUUGCACAAAGGCGGAGGUAGCAGUCCUGCUGCUGGGUUGUUGCCCUCCUACGGCCUCCUCCACGUCUCCUGAUGUACUUGCCUGUCUUCUGGUAGCGCCUCCAUGCUCUGGACACUACGCUGACAGACACAGCAAACCUUCUUCCCACAGCUCGCAUUGAUGUGCCAUCCUGGAUGAGCUGCACUACCUGAGCCACUUGUGUGGGUUGUAGACUCCAUCUCAUGCUACCACUAGAGUGAAAGCACUGCCAGCAUUCAAAAGUGACCAAAACAUCAGCCAGGAAGCAUAGGAACUGAGAAGUGGUCUGUGGUCACCAACUGCAAAACCAGUCCUUUAUUGGGGGUGUCUUGCUAAUUGCCUAUAAUUUCCACCUGUUUAUUCCAUUUGCACAACAGCAUGUGAAAUGUAUUGUCAAUCAGUGUUGCUUCCUAAGUGGACAGUUUGAUUUCACAGAAGUGUGAUUGACUUGGAGUUACAUUGUGUUAUUUAAGUGUUCCCUUUAUUUCUUUGAGCAGUGUAUGAUGUUCGUAUAUACGGGCCCACUGAAACACCACGCAGGGCAGUCAGAGAACUAACUUUUUCAACCCAAGGUUCUCUUUAAUACUUUGACAGAGAUAGUUCCUGCUCCAGGCUGGGCCUGUCAGAGUAGAGGCUGGGUGUGGUUUAAACUUACCCAACCUAUCGUUGGCGCUUCACUGUUGCCAGGCGUUAGUUGUUUCUGUAGCAGUACACAUGUCCUUGAGCGGUUUAACAAAGAGGCAGUGUUUGUGUGUGAGUCACAAGUCUAUCUCAGCCUACCCCCUAACGGUUCCUCACAUUAAUCACAGCUUGUUAUGUUAAACAAUCUAUAUCAGUACAGCACAAACCUAUUAUGUUUAAUCAUUAAUGUAUUAUUUCUAAGCUAGGCAUCACAUCUAGUUGUAAGAGAAUAGAUCCCCACACUAUUCUAGAACAUGGUUCAUGCCCCAGAAUGCACUGUGUUAUGAGGGUACUACUACUACUGUCCUUAGCUAGCUAGUUAACCUCUUCUUCUCUCUGUAGAACAUGGUGCGUGCCCGUGGCUCCCCCCAAUGUGUCGUAUGUGAGUUCAUAAUAAAGGAGGUGGAGAGCAUGCUGGGGCAUAAGAAGACUGAGGUAGGUCACCUGACCGGUUGCUCAUGAGUUACGACCUUCUAUAAAACACUUGACGAUGUGGUAAAGGGUUUCAUGUUCAAACAACAGGAGUGGAGGUGCUACUCUCGGUCUGAUGGUCCCAUGACCAAAACAUCACUCUGUUUUGUAAUGGGGUUACAAUAAAUAAUAUUGAUCAUGAUAAAAAGCACUAUAUAAAUGAAUGCGAUUGCUCUCCACCUCUGGCAUAUGCUGGAUCAUCAACACAUUUUCAGUUUGAAUAUUGCCGCCUAAAAAGCCACAGUAAUCCAGACAAAAGGAGCUAUUUGCGGCUUCUCCGUAACAUUUUAAUGUUCAUUCAAAUUAGUUCAACUGAAAUUGUUAUUAAGUGACAUGUUGGCUGUGACUUGAGGGUUCUAAAAACGAUUAUUCUGUCUGAAUGUACACAAGGUUUUACCCCCCCCCCCCCCCCCCCCCCCCCCGAGGCCAAGUGGGCUUGUUUGUCCUGUGUGUCAAGGAUGAACAAGAAUUUAGUCCAAUGCAUCUCGUCUCUGCAUCCUGAGGCCACACAUUACUCUGACCCUGUGUGAUGGUGGCAUGCGUAUUACCGUGCAAGCAGCAGUGGAUAUUGUUUCACUCUGUAGCGGUAUUGUUAGAGCAGGGGUGUCAAACUCAUUUUAGCUCAGGGGCCACAUGGAGGAAAAUCUAUUCCCAAGUGGGCCGGACCGGGAAAAUCAUGGUAUAUAUAUAACUUAGAAAACAAUCUGAAGUUGUUGUUUUUUUGUUUUAAUACGAUCAACAUACAACAUAAAGCUGGAGCCUGAGGACAGUGUGUCCAAAUUAGUACAAGCACAACAUCACUAUUAAUCAUAAAACACGUCAAGUUUAUUUGAAAAUUCUAAAGAAAAAGAACACACAAACACACAAUGCCUCAGUGAUUAACAGAACUGUUUCACAGAUCACAGAACUAUAUCAGGGUGUCAUUUCUCAGGCAGAAAUGUAGAUAAAAAUAAUGAAAUCCUGUUCCCCAAACAAGUGCAAGAACCACAGAGUCAAGAAUAGGUUAAAUAUACAAAUAAAAUAAAAACAAUUAAAAACAAUAGCACAUCAACAUAAAAACAUAUAAACAUAAAGCUGGAGCCUGAGGACAGUGUCCAAAAGCACAACAUCACUAUUAAUCAUAAAACACCUCAAGUUAUUUGAAAGUUCUGAGGACAAAGAACACACAAACACACAAUGCCUCAGUGAUUAACAGAACUGUUUCACAUAUCACAGAACUAUAUCAGGGUGUCAUUUCUCAGGCAGAAAUGUAGAUAAAAAUAAUGAAAUCCUGUUCCCCAAACAAGUGCAAGAACCACAGAGUCAAGAAUAGGUUAAAUAUACAAAUAAAAUAAAAUCAAUUAAAAACAAUAGCACAUCAACAUAAAAACAUAUAAACAUAAAUCUGAAAGUGUUGCUCAAACUCCCGUAACAGUCCCGUUAUUUUAUCUUUGAACCGCUUCAUGUCUGCCACAUGUUGGGUCGCGCACACAUUUUUCAGACAGGGGAAGUGAGCUGCAUCACCACCGGCAAGUUGCGUCUCCCACAAUGACAGCUUCAACUUGAAAGAACGUAUGCUGUCAUAAUACUGCGUGACAACUUUGUUGCGCCCUUGCAGCUGUUUGUUCAAGUUAUUCAGGUGCUCUGUAACAUCCACCAUAAAUGCAAGGUCCUGCAUCCAUUCUGCGGAAUGAAAUUCUAACACUGGUUUGCCCUUUUCUUCCAUGAACUGUUCAAUUUCUUCUCGUAAAUCAAAGAAACGCCACAGCACAGCACCUCGGCUUAACCAUCUUACCUCAGUGUGGUAUGGCAGGCCAUAGAUGUGGUCUUUCUCUCUGAGAAGGCUGUCAAACUGACAGUGAUUCAGGCUUCUGGAUCGGAUUAAAUUAACAGUUUGGAUGACCACCUUCAUGACGUUAUCCAUCUUUAAUGACUUGCAACACAAAGCCUCCUGGUGCAGUGAAAAGUCAAAAAAUCACGUCCUCCAUUUGCAGAUUGCACUUUCUCUCUGAACUUUGUCACAACGCCUGCUUUUUUUCCCGAUCAUUGAGGGCGCACCAUCUGUAGUCAGGCUGACAGCGCGGGACCAGUCCACUCCGACCCUGUCCAGCGCGCCAACGAGUGCGGUAAAAAUAUCAGCUGCUGUCGUUGUAUCUGUCAUCGGCACCAACUCCACGAACUCCUCGGUGACGGUCAAUGUGUCAUCAACUCCACGGAUGAAAAUGGCCAGUUGUGCAACAUCUGUAAUGUCCGUGCUUUCAUCAAUUGCAACCGAAAACGCAAUAAAUGACUACUUUUUGCUUCAACUAGCUGUCCAAAUACACUGAAAGAUCGGAAAUCCUGUCUGCAACUGUGUUUCUUGUCAGGCUGAUAUUUGCAAAAGCCUGCCGCUUUUCAGGGCACACAAUCUCCGUUGCCUUCAUCAUGCAUGUUUUUACAAAUUCACCCUCACUAAAUGGUUUUGAAGCCACUGCGAUUUCAUUAGCAAUGAGGUAGCUAGCUUUCACUGCAGCGUCACUGAUGUCUCGGCUGUGAGUAAACACAGACUGCUGUUUCUUCAGAUCCGCCAACAGUUCAUUCACCUUCUCUCAUCUCCGCUGUCCUUGAAAGUUGUCAUAUUUGUCGGCAUGAAUACUCACAUAGUGGCGACGAAGGUUAUAUUCUUUCAGCACUGCAACAUGCUCUGAACACACCAAACAUACAGCUUUCCCAUUCAAUUCCGUGAAUAAAUAGGAUGACCAUUUUUCUUGGAACACUCUGCACUCUGCGUCCACUUUUCUCUUUUUUGACAGAGACAUAUUGGGGCAAUGAGGGUGCCAAAGCACAUAAUGUUAAAAGUAGAAGCCGUAAUAAAUAUCGCGGGCAAAACAAAGUAGCUCAUUGGCUGCACGUGCUUGACCUACUUGCUCUGCCCCGGUAUAAACAGUUUGCUUGCUUAACACAAUUGCUAUUGCGCCAUCCAGUGGACGCAAUUGGAACAGCAGUUUAUUUUAUUGAAAAAUUGCAGCGCAUUUUUAUACUUUACAAAAAAAAAUUGUCUUUUUUAAAAAGUUAUUAAAUUUAUUUUUUUAAUCAUCUCGCGGACCGGAUUAAACCCGUUUGCGGGCCUGAUCCGGCCCACGGGCCGGAGGUUUGACACCCCUGUGUUAGAGGGUAAAGAAAAUGAUUUUUAUUCGGGUGCCAGGCAGGUAUUAACCCUGCCGAAAGGAAAAGGGUAAGAUAGAUCCAGACCCGCUACCAGACACACAGCAGCAGAAGAGACUGCCGACAGCAGGGCUGCCCAACCCUGUUCCUGGAGAGAUACCCUCCUGUAGGUUUUAACUCCAACCCUGUUCCUGGAGAGAUACCCUCCUGUAGGUUUUAACUCCAACCCUGUUCCUGGAGAGAUACCCUCCUGUAGGUUUUUGCAAAGGCCUUAAAAAUGUCCCAAAUCUUCUCGGCCAAAUGUCAAUAGUACCACACCAAAUCUAUACAGUUCAAACAACAAUAAACAACACGCAACCUCCCUUUAACUAAAAUGUCAACCCCAAUACAUCUACCAGGGCCAUAAUAGUCCAGCCACACUGAACAUCAGCGAGCGCAUUGGAAAAAGAGUGCUGCACUGGAACGAUAGAGGGAAAAUGAGUGUAAGAGAGAGAAAGGGGUCUUAGGUGUUGACUUCAGGCUUUGCAGUUGCAGCUGUUGACUUCAGGCUUUGCAGUUGCAGCUGUUGACUUCAGGCUUGCAGUUGCACCUGUUGACUCCAGGCUUGUAGUUGCACCUGUUGACUUCAGGCUUGCAGUUGCACCUGUUGACUUCAGGCUUGCAGUUGCACCUGUUGACUUCAGGCUUGCAGUUGCACCUGUUGACUUCAGGCUUUGCCCCAGUAACCGGAGAGAGUUGUACUGGCUGACUGUCCGUCGGAUACACCUGAUGGUUUGUUGUUUUGUUUGUCAAAGCUUCACAACAAAGUAUAUGUGAUCAUUUCAUUUUAGCGAAACACAUCACUGCGAGGCGUGGCUCCAAAUGGAGCAAUAACCGUAUGGAAGACUCAUACAAGGAGGGUUAGGGGGAAGGUGUUGUGGGAGAUGAUUGGUUGGUAGAUUAAGCCAAUGCCUAUGCACCAAGAGUUUCUUUCUGUUUGCUAAUGAAAGCCAAGUUUGACAUUUGCAUUUGACGUUGGCAUUUGGGCAGAAGUGUCUGGGAACAAGAUUAGGUCAUGCCUAACUGACCUCUGUGCUCUUCCACUCCCCCCCUCAGCAAGAGGUGGUGCAUGCUUUGGAGAAGGUGUGCUCCGUGCUGCCCUCCUCCCUGUCGGCCCAGUGUAAGGCCCUGAUUGAGACCUACGGCCAGGACAUCAUUGAUCUGCUGGUGCAGGAGGCCGACCCCAAGACUAUCUGCACCGUGCUGGGGCUCUGCCAGGACGCCAGCCGCGCCUUCAUCCGUGAGUAGAGGGUGUGUGUGUGUGUGGAAAAGUCUAGAAGGGGGGCGUGUGUGUGAUCAUCCAUCCUGUGUGUGUUUGAGAUGCAUGGGACAGGCCCUGUUGGCUGUUUUUUAAUGCAUCCAGAUUAGAGAACGACCGAUAUGGAUUUUAUUUUUUGGGCCGAUACCGAUUUUUGGGGGGUCAAGGAGGCCGAUGGCCGAUAUUCAAUACCAUUAAACUAGAAAAGGCCAAUAUUGGCUCUGCCGAUUUAUUGGUCGUGAUCCAAUCCAGAUGAAGUUAGAUAAUCCUGUUGACUCCUCCUUGUUCCUCCAUCCCUCAGCGGUGUUGGACCGGUCCCAGGUCGAGGCGGGCGGCUUCUGUGACGUGUGUAAGAUGGCUGUGCGUUACAUCGAUGGGAUCCUGGAACAGAACGCCACAGAGGCUCAGAUUGAAGACGCAGUCCGGAAAGCCUGCAGCUUUGUCCCAGAGGGCAUCAGGAGCAAGGUGAGGAUUGAUGACAUCUACUUGUGUUGCACUUUAUGAGGAAACAUUUUUAUUAUCGUUAGUAGAUUACACUGUUUCCUGAAUCCUGUUACUGCAACCUUAGACGAAGAAGAAGAAUGGAUAUUGGAUAGUAACUGCUCAACUAUUAAUGUUUUUUUUUGGUGUGACUGUUAACCACUCUGUCUCCUCCAGUGUGACCAGCUGGUUGAGCUGUAUGAGCCUAUGCUGGUUCAGCUACUGCUGCAGGUGCUGGACCCUGACUUUGUCUGCAUGGUGAGCACUGGAAUACAUAGAGGAGGAAUAUAUUUUAAUAUAGAAAAAAGGUGUCAGAAGGAUGGUGAUGAUAUGAUGAGGGGGAAAAACAUAUAUGGAAAAAAAUCUAGUGUCCAAGGAGUUAAUAAAGAUAAAUUUAGUUAACUGACUUGCCUGGUUGAAUGACGAAUUCAGUUAACUGACUUGCCUGGUUGAAUGACGAAUUCAGUUAACUGACUUGCCUGGUUGAAUGACGAAUUCAGUUAACUGACUUGCCUGUUUGAAUGAAGAAUUCAGUUAACUGACUUGCCUGGUUGAAUGAAGAAUUCAGUUAACUGACUUGCCUGGUUGAAUGAAGAAUUCAGUUAACUGACUUGCCUGAUUGAAUGAAGAAUUCAGUUAACUGACUUGCCUGGUUGAAUGAAGAAUUCAGUUAACUGACUUGCCUGAUUGAAUGAAGAAUUCAGUUAACUGACUUGCCUGGUUGAAUGAAGAAUUCAGUUAACUGACUUGCCUGGUUGAAUGAAGAAUUCAGUUAACUGGACUUGCCUGGUUGAAUGAAGAAUUCAGUUAACUGACUUGCCUGGUUGAAUGAAGAAUUCAGUUAACUGACUUGCCUGGUUGAAUGAAGAAUUCAGUUAACUGACUUGCCUGGUUGAAUGAAGAAUUCAGUUAACUGACUUGCCUGGUUGAAUGAAGAAUUCAGUUAACUGACUUGCCUGGUUGAAUGAAGAAUUCAGUUAACUGACUUGCCUGGUUGAAUGAAGGGUAUAUGAAUGCUUGUGUCUGUGUUUGUCCUGGAUUACAGAAGGUGGGGGUGUGUCCCGAGGCAGUGCAAAGUCUUCUGGGUAUGGAGCAGUGUAGCUGGGGACCUGCCUUCUGGUGCAAGAACAUGGACGCAGCAAAACGCUGCAACGUGAGUACUCAACACAGUCUGCACUGCACCAUGGACUGUUCCUGUGCACGCUGUCCGUCUUAUAGUAGCACAACCGCAUUGGUCAACGUUUCAUUCCAGGGUUCCCUUGGAAAAAUAGAUUCUCAUUGCAGCUCACCUGGUUAAAUGAAUGCAAUGCAAAAUUCCUGAUUUUAUGAAACUGUAAUUUCCGGCCGUGCAUUAUGACUGGCCGAGAAGCACGGCUCAUCCAGGUCUGUUCUGGAAAUCUUGUGACGAAAGUACUCCCUGAGUAUCACAGACAAGAUAUCUUAUCUAAAGGACAAACUAGCCCCUAGGGAUGGCCUAUUUCUGUCUGACCUGUUGUCUGUUGUCUGUGUUCUCUCCCAGGCGGUGGCACACUGCAAGCGUCACGUGUGGGAGUAG